CCCGCCGAGCCACGGCGCAGGCUCCUUCAGCCAAAGCGAGGGCAAAGGUCAAGAGGCGGCCUCGCGCAGGCGCAGGGCACCGCCGACCCGGAAGCAAAGCGCGGCCGCCAGACGGGGAGGGAAGAAGGCCGUCCUUCCUCUUUGUUUCUCAUUGGAGCAGAGCGCCGCUGAGGGCGUGGCCUAAGGGAAGCUACAGCGCCGCGGUUCCGAGAGUCCCGCCCCUACGCCGUUACCAUGGCAGCGGGCCUGCGAGGAUCCGAGGGGCUUCGCUCCACAAGGCCGCGCGCGGGAGUCGGCGGCGUCCGGGCUUCCUCGUCGCUGCGCCGCGCCCCGCUUCCCCCGGGGGCUCGAGGCGGGAGCGGGAGCUGCGCUUCUCCCCCCCCCCCCGCCCUCUCCACCUCGUCCUCGCACAACAACCCCGCGAGGCGGGCCGAGAGUGACUAGCUUUGGUUUCGUCAUCAGCUCGUUUUAAAUGACUGAAGCGGGAAAGGGGGUCACAAACCCUCUUAUCAUUCUGGUGUAUUAAUCUAUGGUUAUUAUUAAAUUUAUGUGCUGCGUCAGGAAAAUUGGGCAUCACAUGGCAGGACAGAUAUGCUCUCCCAAGCCCACAUUCCCAGCAUGUUCCCACUCCUGUCUCAGCAACAUCUACCUGUCUUGGUCACGUCCGCAGAAUGGAAGACGGCAGGAUCCCCAAGGACGUGCUCUGCCAGGAGCUGGCUUCAGGCACCAGGCCAACGCUGCGUUACAAAGAUGUCUGCAAAUGGGACAUGAAGGCUGGCAAUAUCAACGCUGCCGUGUGGGCAUUCCUUGCAGGCAACCACAGUAAAAAGGGUGAAGGACCCCUGGGUGGUUAAGUCCAGUCAAAGGUGACUAUGGGGUUGCAGCGCUCAUCUCACUUUUCAGGCCGAGGGAGCCAGCGUUUGUCUACGGACAGCUUUCCGGGUCAUGUGGCCACCAUGACCAAACCACUUCUGGUACAAUGGAGGACUGUGAUGAGUGUCAGAGCACACAGAAACACCGUUUAGCUUCCUGCCGCAGUGGUACCUAUUUAUCUACUUGCACUGGUGUGCUUUCAAACUGCUAGGUUGGCAGAAGCUGGGACAGAACAACGGGAGCUCACCCCCAGAUUCAAACCACCGACCUUCCGAUUGGGAGCCCAAGCGGCUCAGUGGUUUAGACCACAGCACCACCUGCUCCCUACUACAACCACAGUGCCUGGAGACAGUCAGUCAGAUUGUGCAUCCAUAGUAGUGACCAGAGGAGGAAUGACCGCUGAGAGGAGCACAGAGAGAAGAAACACCGUGGUGCAGCACAACCAGAUGUCUUCAUCUGCCCCUGCUGCAAUAAAACAUGUCCCUCCUGUAUCAGUCUCUACAGCCGCAGCAGGCACUGCAACCUUCCAAGAGUUUCCCUUCACCCCCAAGGGCGCAUUCCUCCAUUGUCCUCAGAGACAGAGGGACCCAACCAACCAUACGCUGCCCUUCAUCAAAAGACCACAGGACAGGUUACAGCCUAAAACACAAAAUGCAUAAUAUAAUAAUGGGAAAAGGGAAAAACAACCCCCCCCACACACACACCUUAGAAAGCCAUAAAUUGUCAAAUGUCUGGCUGAAGAACAUUUUCACCUGGUGCCUAAAUAUAUGUAAUAAAAGGUGCCAUGCGAGGCUCCCCAAGGAGAGCAUCCUAAAGCAGGCAGGCCCUGCAGAAAAGGCCCCGUUAUCGUGUUGCCACCCUCCGGACCUCCUGUGAAGUGAGGGGCACACACAGAAGGGAAGCAAGAAGCCCCCUCAUCUCCAAGCAAACUUUGUGUGGCUGGCCAGCGAUCCCCCCACCCAGCAGAAGGCACCUUUUCCAAGGUCCAAGGUGGCGGCUGCCCAUUCUGGAGCCCAUGGUGCCUCUGACAGAGCUACAGCAGAUGCACAUUCAAACUUGCUGGCUAAAAGCUUUUGAGGACGCGGAAGCGAAUGGCAGGCUCAUUAUCAUCAGGUUCUUCACAGACUACCCUGACAGCAAGCAGUACUUCAAGAACAUCCCAACGGAAGGCGACCUGCUGAGGGACCCUGAGGUGGGCUCCCACGGCCGGAAGGUCAUGGUGGCUCUCAACCAGCUGGUUGAAAACCUGGACAACCGGAAGCAGGGCUGCCGGCUGCUGGAGCGCCUGGUGGAUAACCACAAGAACGUCCACCAAGUGCCGUCAGGGAUGUUCCAGCUUCUGUUUCAGACCAUUCUCUGCGUCUUCCAAGAACUCCUGGCAGAUGAGUUCACCAACGACAUGAAGCUCUCUUGGGAAAAGUUCUUUGACGCCGUCUUUGCAGAAGUAGAAGCCGCCUACAGUCGCCCCCUUCCGCCCUAGAGAAAGGAGGGGCAUCUCCCGGGUACCCUGCUCCCCGCUCUCUUCCCCCCUCCCCUUCUUACAUUUGUAUUGAUGGAAUAAAGAGGGCAGCAUUUACUUUCUGGA